GUUGUUGGAAAUUCGUGAAAUCGAUGUAGAAAUAAAAUAAUUUUGUAUUUUUUGCCAAAAAUAAAUAAACAAUAACUAAAAUUUAUUAAUUAUACAAUUAACAUAAAAAUACAGAAUUUAGAUAAAAUAUGAAAUUCAAUUGCUUGCGAUGCAAUAAUUCAUUGGAAAAUGAAUUCCAAUUGAUUUUCGAUGAAACUGGCAUCGAACUGCAGUUGGACAAGCUUCUAGCUGAUAUCUUUGAAAUCUCUGUUGUCAGAGAUCCAUCUCUAACUCAAGCUCUGUGUGAUGGAUGCGUUAACUUGCUUAUAGAGCUUUACGAUGCACAAAAAUUCAAAGAAGAAGAAAAGUUAGAUUUGCCAGAGGAUAAUCAUAGCAAUCAGCAAAUAGAAGAGAUUACCUCUGAAAUUGAUACCAAAGAGGAAGUGCUGGAGGAUGAUAUGAUUAUUGAAGAAAUAGAAGAACAAACUGAAAAUGAAGAAGAAUUCAAGGAAAUUAUUGAAGAGUCUAAUUCCAUGGACAACGAAGAGUUUCUUGGUUUUAAAGAAACUGAAGAAAAAGAAGAUAAAGAUGAACAUAAUUCUUCUCUAAAUGAAUUAAACCUGCAGCAUUAUCUGGAGGACGUUAUUAAGAGUGAUUUGGAACUCAUAUCCUUUGAUCAGAAUUCUGUUUGUAAACUUUGUGAUGAAACGUUAAACAGCCACAAAGCUUUGCUUUUCCACAUUUCAGAUAGUCAUAAAACCGAGUCUGAACAGUAUCCAUGCAUUUUCUGCGAAGAAGUAAGUUAUUUUGAUUCCAUCACAAAUCUGGCUGUGCAUGUUGUUCUCAAACAUUAUGAUUUGAAUUCAAUAACGAUAUAUUGUACCUGUCCCGAGUGUAAUACAAGAUUUUCAUCGUUCCUAGAAUAUAAUAAGCAUUCUUGUUACAAACAAAGUUAUGGCAGUCGUUUAAUACAAGAGUGUGAUCAAUGUUCGAAGAAAUUUAUUUCCAAUAAGAGGUACCGUUUCCAUUUACAAUUUCAUCUAAACAAGCAAAGGCCUAAAGCUUGUUUCAUCUGUGAUAUUUUAUUUUCUGAUGAAAAUGAUUUCUUUGAGCACAUUAUGUUUGCCCAUCAGAAGGAAGAUUCAUUCGUAUGUAAAAAAUGCGAUCGAGUAUGCACAACAAAACAAUUGUACGACAAUCAUAUGGAACUUCACAAUUCAGUUAAAUCAUUUCACUGUCAAUACUGCCCAAAGUCAUAUUUUUACAACCAAAUGCUAAUUAAUCAUGUUCAACAACAACAUUCUGAUAAACAACAGCAUCAAUGUGAAAUCUGCAAUAAGACUCUUACCAACAGACAUCUACUAAAACGACACAUGCAGAUAGUCCAUAUGGAAGAAACUGAAGAUGAUGUGUUUGUAUGUUCAGCAUGUGGACUUAUUGGAAUUUCUGAAGAAGAAAUUAUGUUUCAUUCAGAAGAUGAUAAAUGCCUAGGAGCAGAAACAAUCAUUGAGUGUUUGAAAAUUGCUUAUGCCUGCGAGUUUUGUGAACUUGCUUUCAAAAGCAUCGACACAUUAAAGCAACACAGAGAAAUCCAUCAAGAUAAUGUAUUUAAAUGCUGGAUAUGUGAGGGCACAUAUUUGGAAUUUAAAAAGCUUAAGACUCACAUUCUCACACAUAACAAACUUGAAUCCAUACAACAAUUAUUUCCAAUUAACAGGCAUUAUGUUUGCGAUAUUGAUUCGUGUGACCAAUCCUAUCUGACAUGGCCAUCUUUGCGAGCUCAUAAAAACCGCCACGCAACCAAAUUUACUUGUGAAAUUUGUUCUCAAGCAUUUACCACCGAAUCAAAGCUACAUGCUCAUCUUAAAUCUCACGACACAAAUGAAGAGUACCCCUGUCAAUUUUGUCCAAAAUUGUGCAUUUCUCAAAUGUCUCUUUCCGUUCACGUUGCCCGGAAGCACAAUAAUAAUUACAAAACAUGUCCAACUUGCAAGUCAACUUGCAGUUCGGAAGAAGCUCUCAUAGAGCACAUUGAAAUGCAACAUACCGAAGCGAAAUGUGAAAUUUGUGGUAAAGUAACGAAAAACAAACGCAAUCUUCAAGUUCACAUUCAAAUGAUACAUAGCCAAGUUAAGAGGUUCUUUUGUUCCGUAUGCAACAAGGGUUACUUUAAUAAUAGCGAUUUAAAAAAUCAUGAAAGAGCACUCCACCAAGAACCAAACAAGUUCAAAUGUGAAUAUUGCAACUUUAGUUCGAGCUAUGAAGCCUCUUUUAAUGCUCACAUACUUAAGCAUGAACAAAAUAAACCUUUUAAAUGUGAUGAAUGUGGAAGGGAAUUCACUCGAAAGUCAUCUUUCAAAUUGCAUGUGUUGAGGCAUUCUGAUAACAAACCAUUUGUUUGCCCAGUUGAACUGUGUGGUAGAAGUUUUGUCAUGCUGGGUGUUUUGAAUUCACACAUCAAAAAUUCUCAUCCAGAUUGUGAAGAAGUUAAAGUUAAACAAACUUCUAAAAUACGUUCAGUUAAAAAAAAGAAACAAAGCAAAAAAGCUCUAAAUCAAGACAUCGAUUCAGCGAAUUCUUCUGAUUAUGUGAUAGCAGAAGUUUAUUCUGAAAGCGAAUAUAUUAAAGCGGAAGAGGUUGAUGGUGAUAUUGUGAUAUUUGAUGGAUCAAAUGCAGAAGAAGAAGUUGUAUUGGAAUGCUCUGAGGAAGCAGAUAUGUAUAUAUAGAUUGAAAUUGAACAAUGUUUGUUUUUUUUUUUUAUUCAAUUUUUGCUAAGGACUAAAAAAACAUUUUUGCCAGACAAAAAUUAUUCAGAAGAAAAAUUUUUUUAAAGAAGUUUGAAAUCUAUUUUACUUUGAUUGCAAUACAUACUACUGUUUUGAGUUCCAAUUAUUCUGCCGAAAUUGGCAGAUAAACGAAAAACUUUUAUAAUGUUAAAGCUUUGUAAAAAUGUAUAAAAGAAUAAUAAAAAAAAUUUAAAGA